GACAGCCACCCACACACAGAGACAGGAAGUGGUGCCUAGAGAUUUCGUUUUCGAACUAGAAGCCUUUAUUGGAUGGCGCUGUGUAACGAAGGUAAACGAUAUAUUCGUGUGCCAGUUACAUCACACGCGGAUAUCCAGCUUCAGUGCAAAACGGUUGCGUCCAGCAUAACACGUCUUGACACAGCCACUGCAAAGUGAAACCUAAGCCGAGCACCGGGGCUAGCAAAAGAACCAUGAGUGAAAUGAUCUACUGCUGGAGUUGGUCUACAGCUCUAAUCAGAGAGACAGGUUACACAGUGACGGUGAAACGUACUUGGUUCAGAGCAGCACAGAGGAGCAGCUCUCUGAGCUGGGAGAGGAGGUCGAGAUGUGGCGCAACAACAUGUACGAUUCCGUCCCAGCAAAGGAUAAAGGAUUCGAUGUACGAGGUUCCAAAAGCACCGGAGAUAUCCGAUAUGCUGAUGAUGAUGAUUCUGUGUUUCUGACCCGUAAAAGUUUGACCAAGGCGCCUGAGCAUUCCAAGCUAGGGCCGUAUUUCCAGGACGGCCAGAGGCGCAUCGAUUACAUCCUAACCUACCAUGUAGAAAAACUUGAGCGCACACAGCACCAAUCUUCUAGCACCUUAAAGAGCCUGAAAGACAGUCUGAGCUGCAUUGGGAAAUGCAAAAGGGCCGACUCUGCCCAUCACGACCCUGAGAGAACCAGUAAUGCGCCCAGCCACAGAGAUGAGUUUGAACAGAAGCUUAUGGAUAUGGGACUUGAGCUGGAGAAGGAGGAAGAUGCUAAAAUUGCUGAUGUGGGCUUUCUGAAGAUCCAUGCACCCUGGGAGGUUCUCUGUCGAGAAGCAGAGUUCAUGAAGCUCAAGAUGCCUACCAAAACGAAAUAUGAAGUCGGUAAAGGAAAUAAAGGCAUGUGUGCACUGAGCAAGUUUAUCCAAAGAUUGUCUGCACCACUGACUCCUCAAGUCGAGAAGUCCCACCAGAACGAGAAGCACAUAUGUUAUCCAUUCUCCAGGGAAAAACAGCACUUGUUUGAUCUCUCAGAUCGUGAUUCCUUCUUCGACAGUAAAAUUCGUGCCUCAAUCGUGUGCGAGAUCAUAAAACGAGUAAAGUGCAAAGGCGCGAAGGACAUUAUGGGCAUUAACAUGCUCAUUGCUCAUGGAGUUUACACAUCAGCCUACCCUCUACAUGACGGAGACAUCGAGGAUGUUGAGGGUGAACCAAAUGACAGAAAGGUGUUAUACGAGCAGUGGGCGAGAUACAGCCUCUUCUACAUGUACCAGCCCAUCGGACUUAUCAGGAAGUAUUUUGGAGAGAAGAUUGGUUUGUACUUUGCCUGGUUGGGUGUUUACACUCAGAUGCUGAUCCCAGCAUCAGUCAUCGGUGUCAUCGUCUUCUUGUAUGGCUGUGCCACCGUGGAUCACGACAUCCCAAGUAUGGAGAUCUGUGAUGAAAGGAACAACAUCACCAUGUGCCCGCUGUGCGAUCGCGCAUGCAGCUACUGGAAGCUCAUCGAAGCCUGCGGUACUGCCAGGGCCAGCCACCUGUUCGACAACGGGGCCACCGUUAUCUUCUCCAUCUUUAUGGCGCUCUGGGCCACAAUGUUCAUGGAGCAUUGGAAAAGGAAACAGAUGAGGCUUAAUUACAUCUGGGACCUGACUAGCUUUGGCAAGGAGGAGAGCCAACCGCGGCCAGAGUACGAGAUCCAAGUCAGGGAGAAGAGGUGGAAGAAGGAAAAGAGUGGUGGUGAAAACCGAAAGAAUGGAAAAAACAAAUUGACAUGCAAAGACAGGAUUCCAGCUUACAUGACCAUCCUUAUCACGAUGCUCUUCAUGGUUUGCCUGACCUUCGCCAUUGUAUUUGGAGUGGUCCUUUACAGGAUUUCCAUCAAGACAGCGCUACACAUGAGCAGCUCCUCGCUCUUCCAGUCAAACGUUCGGGCCACGGUGAAAACCACAGCGGCUGUCAUCAACCUCAUCAUCAUCAUCAUCAUGGACGAGAUCUAUGGAAUGAUGGCACGUUGGCUCACGGUUCUGGAAGUGCCAAAAACAGACAAACGCUUUGAGGAGAGGCUGAUUUUCAAGGCUUUCAUCCUGAAGUUUGCCAACGCCUUCACUCCAAUCGUCUACCUGGCUUUCUUCAGAGGCAGGCUCAUUGGCCGUCCAGGCAACUACGUCUACGUUAUUGGGACUUACCGAAUGGAGGAGUGUGCUCACGGUGGCUGCCUUAUGGAGCUGUGCAUUCAGCUGUGCAUCACCAUGCUUGGCAAGCAGCUUAUCCAGAACAAUCUGUUUGAGAUUGGCAUUCCCAAAUUGAAGAAAAUGCUUCGCCGCUGUAAGACAAAGGGAGACGCAAAUCAAGAGGACUUUCACAAAUCCCUGGCCUCACAUGAGAAAGACUACUUCCUCAACCCUUAUGUUGGCCUUAAUCCAGAGUAUAUGGAGAUGAUGAUCCAGUUUGGAAUGGUGACCUUGUUUGUGGCCUCCUUCCCUCUGGCUCCUCUGUUUGCGCUCCUGAACAACGUUCUCGAGAUCCGCCUCGACGCCAAGAAAUUCGUCACAGAGUACAGACGGCCCAUUGCUGGCAAAGCAAAAAAUAUCGGCAUCUGGUACAACCUUCUGAGAGGACUGAGCAAAGUGGCAGUCAUCGUCAAUGCGUUUGUGAUCUCCUUCACAUCCGAUUUCAUCCCCCGAAUGGUUUAUCAGUUCGUGUACAGUCCUGACAGAACGCUGCACGGCUUCACAAACCACUCCCUCUCCUAUUUCAACGUCACCGACUUUGCGCCGAACACAGAACCGGUGGAGCCGAUGUUCCUGGGCCACAAAGUGGAAGUUUGCAGGUAUAAGGAUUACAGAGAUGCCCCGUGGUCAGAUACCCCAUAUGAACAAUCGAGAGCGUUCUGGAAUAUUCUGGCAGCACGGCUGGCGUUCGUCAUCGUCUUUCAGAAUGUGGUGAUGCUAAUGAGUGACUUUGUGGACUGGAUAAUCCCAGACAUCCCCAAAGACAUCAGCUUGCAAAUGCACAAGGAGAAGAACGUGAUUGUGGAGCUCUUUAUGAAAGAAGAACUGGGAAAGAGGCUUACGAGCAAGCGAAAGGGCAAGCCCAGUCCCCAGUCACGCUCUCGAACACCUUUGCAAGUACAAAUCAACAACCACUAGUCCAUGUGCAAGGUGGGGAAGAAUGCAACUAUCCCUGCAGCUCAUCAGAAGCGUGUGCGAAUCAAGAGGAGCUAGAUUGUGUAAAAAUAUGAAGGUUACAAUGGAUUAAAGUGAAAUGGUACCUGAGAGGAGCAGCUCGCUGACGGGAGCCAGAGGCACGAGAUCACAGAAGAUGCACCAAGACUGACACGUGUACCUUGCAUUUUAGCUUUUCUUUUUGUCUCGGUUACUUCAUAAACACUUAAGCGAAAUGCAGAGACGGCUGUUGUUGUUUGUUGUUUUGUUUUUAUUUCAAUAAAUUUUAUUUCAAUAAAUACCUUGAGAUUGUUAUGGUUUUUAUUAAUUUACUGUUUGUGUGUCAAGAAAAUCUUCCAUGUAGUCG